UCGAAGACGGCGGUACGAUGUCUAUUUAACUCAUGUUUACUUGAUUUUUUCACACCUUCAUUAUGGUGGUCAUUGCAACAGACAAUCAACAGCCCGGUGUGGCCGAUGUUGUGCUUGUUGUAGAAGCCACGGCAAAUUUAGGAGCUUACCUGGACAUUUUGAAGCCGCAGUACAUCGUUCCAACUCUCGAAUAUUUUAAUGGUGGCCCCCCUGAUCCCACAGAUUAUGGACAGGAUAAUAGUUGCACGUUGUACAAUAUAGUGUACUUCCACUCGGGUGAUGUGGCUCCAGAACCUGCGGCUCGCUGUACGAACACCACAACCAGUACACACACUGUCCUAGAUUGGUUAGACAAAUUACCAUACAUUGGUGGGGUAGGAGAUGCUUAUAGUCAUAUUACAGAGGGCUUAGGUACAGCUCUACAAGUCUUUGAUGAGAUCAAAAAGCUGCGUGAUAAAAGUCUGAAGACAGAGCGUCACUGUAUCCUGAUUUGUAACUCUCCACCUUACCAACUCCCCUGCCAGGAGAGCCACUGUUACCUUGGUUAUUUGGCCGACCAGAUGGCAAGCAUGAUGGGAAAGCAAGGAAUUAAUUUAUCUAUCAUCUCACCAAGAAAGAUUCCUGGAUUACAGAAACUGUUUGACGAGUCCAACACAGAGGUUCAUACCAUGCCCCUGAAGGACUACUGCGUGGACCCCAAACACAUGGUACUUCUUCAUGGUUACAAGCUUAAAGAGCAAUCUCACAGUCCUAACCUUGAAGAAGAAAAACAAGCUAAUGAACGACUUUCCUCAAUUUUAAACACUGUCACUAACAGUCCAAAGGCUGGCAGUAGGAGGGGACAUUCUCCGCCUAACACUAUGGCUGCCCUACUUGCUGACAACCCUACGCCGUUCAAAAUUCCAAGCUCUGUGCCGGGACAAGCAAAUCUUCAAAUGCCAAUGGCCACAUCAUCAGCCACAGUGGGUCAACCCUCGAUUGCCACCCUCACAUCCCAGCCACCUGUGUCACACCCUCAAUCCCAACACCCAUUACAGCAACAAAUCCCCACCCCAGUGACUCAGACACACCAAACCAUUCCAACCAAUCAGCAGAUACUUAACAACCAGACAAACAUUCCCCAGUCCAUGGCUGAGCUGAAAAAACAACAAGCUGCCCAGAGACAGAAUAUGAUCCGGGCACAACAACAACAACAGGCAGGGAUGAUGCCACAACAGCCCAACAUGACCCAUAGGAACCCAGCUCAGACCAUGAUGACUCCCAACGCCCAACAGUCCAUGAUGCACCAACAACAACAGCAGCAGCCAACUAUGGCACAAAUCCAAGUCUCUCAAAGCCAAGGGUCCAUACCACAACAAGUCAGCUCUUUCUCCACCCAACAGACAAAAACCUUAGUAAAUCCCCAGCCAAGUAUGUCCCAGGGAGAUAUCAUGAUGCAGCCAAACAUGAGUGGUCAGAACGAGUCUAUAGCCAUGGGCCAGGCACCCUUUGGUAACCCAGAACAACCAAUGGGCACGAUCGCUCCUAUCAACACCCCUAACAUGAUCCGUGCCCCAGCUCCUCCACAGAGGACGACUGUGUGGACAGGUGCUCUGGAGUGGCAGGAGAAGUCUAAGGUGCCAGGCCUAGGUUCCUCGGGCAAGCUUACGCGGUCUCUGGCGUGUACUGUGUCCAUAGCUCAGGGAGAGGCAGAUCUGAAUGCCAGCAAGUGGCCAAACAAACUGAUCAUGCAGCUCAUUCCCCAUAGCCUUCUAAAUCCACUCAAUGACCUCCUGUGCAGAUCUCAGAUGGUUUCUUUCCACUUUGCCCAGACCGAUUUGAACGCUCUGAAGAAUCUCUAUAAAGUUCUGUUCAAUGGUUUUGCUGGCUGCGUUCACUUCCACCCAAUCACCCAGUGUGAGGUGCGCAUGCUUAUUUUGCUGUACAACAACGAGAAGAGAAUGUUUGUUGGCAUGAUUCCUAAAAACCAGAUGGAAUUUGUCAAUGGUAUCAGACAGGUGAUUACAUCCAGCAAAAACCAACAGAAACAAAAGACAAAAACCUUAUUAAACCCCCAGCCACAUAUGGUAUCUCAACCCAAUGUGUCCCAGGGAGAUAUGAUGCAGCCAAACAAGAGGGGUCAGAACCAGUCUAUAGCCAUGGGCCAGGCACCCUUUGGUAACCCAGAACAACCAAUGGGCACGAUCGCUCCUAUCAACACCCCUAACAUGAUCCGUGCCCCAGCUCCUCCACAGAGGACGACCGUGUGGACAGGUGCUCUGGAGUGGCAGGAGAAGUCUAAGGUGCCAGGCCUAGGUUCCUCGGGCAAGCUUACGCGGUCUCUGGCGUGUACUGUGUCCAUAGCUCAGGGAGAGGCAGAUCUGAAUACCAGCAAAUGGCCAAACAAACUGAUCAUGCAGCUCAUUCCCCAUAGCCUUCUAAAUCCACUCAAUGACCUCCUGCGCAGAUCUCAGAUGGUUUCUUUCCACUUUGCCCAGACCGAUUUGAACGCUCUGAAGAAUCUCUAUAAAGUUCUGUUCAAUGGUUUUGCUGGCUUCGUUCACUUCCACCCAAUCACCCAGCGUGAGGUGCGCAUGCUUAUUUUGCUGUACAACAAGAAGAAGAAAAUGUUUGUUGGGAGGAUUCCUAAAAACCAGAUGGAAUUUGUCAAUGGUAUCAGACAGGUGAUUACAUCCAGCAAAAACCAACAGAAACAAAAGAAAAAAACCUUAUUAAACCCCCAGCCACUUACGGUAUCUCAACCCAAUGUGUCGCAGGGAGAUAUGAUGCAGCCAAACAAGAGGGGUCAGAACCAGUCUAUAGCCGUGGGCCAGGCACCCUUUGGUAACCCAGAACAACCAAUGGGCACGAUUGCUCCUAUCAACACCCCUAACAUGAUCCGUACCCCAGCUCCUCCACAGAGGACGACAGUGUGGACAGGUGCUCUGGAGUGGCAGGAGAAGUCUAAGGUGCCAGGCCUAGGUUCCUCGGGCAAGCUUACGCGGUCUCUGGCGUGUACUGUGUCCAUAGCUCAGGGAGAGGUAGAUCUGAAUACCAGCAAAUGGCCAAACAAACUGAUCAUGCAGCUCAUUCCCCAUAGCCUUCUAAAUCCACUCAAUGACCUCCUGCGCAGAUCUCAGAUGGUUUCUUUCCACUUUGCCCAGACCGAUUUGAACGCUCUGAAGAAUCUCUAUAAAGUUCUGUUCAAUGGUUUUGCUGGCUGCGUUCACUUCCACCCAAUCACUCAGCGUGAGGUGCGCAUGCUUAUUUUGCUGUACAACAAGAAGAAGAGAAUGUUUGUUGGGAGGAUUCCUAAAAACCAGAUGGAAUUUGUCAAUGGUAUCAGACAGGUGAUUACAUCCAGCAAAAACCAACAGAAACAAAAGGUGAUUCUUUAGAAACUGAUCCUUCUAAUUGAUCUUUAUGAUUUCAGUUGCCCUCUCUAAGUUUUUAUUGAUUUUUUAUUUUUAUUUUUCACUCUAAGCUGAACAGUAAGCUUAAUUAGAGUUGUGUUUGUGUUGGAGUUUGACAAAAUAAAGAAAAAAUUAAGAAAGUUGAAGUAGGACAAUGGAAGUGUUGGUAUGUUGUUAGGCAAAUUGUGAGAAAGGAUUUGAAGGUAAAAAUAGGUGAUAUCAUGGUGAGAAAUUUUGUUGCAGUGUAAAAAAACAUUGCCUACAUGAUGAUUGAAUAACUCUACAUUCAUUUGUUGCUGUCUUAUUUGUUUGUUUUUUUUAUGAUUUUUUUUUCUUUUCUUAGGUGUUCACAAUUUAUAAUUUUUAGUACCAAUGUUAGAGUGCAUUAAAUUUUAUGA